AUGACUUUACAAUAUCGUUCUUCAUCUUCUUCAUUAACACCUAUUGAAAGGUUCUUGAUGCAAGGAAAGAGUAGUACUACUAGUAGUACCAAUAACUUAGGUUGCAAUUUAUUGGCAUCGAAUCAAUAUUAUAUUGGUUCUCCUCAUUCGCUUUUUCGUCCAUCUCCAUCUUUUGAUAACGGGCUUUGGAAGGCGUAUGGUGAUCAUAAUCAUGAAACCAACAACAUGGAAUUGAUGUAUCCUCGUGAUGAAGAAGUAGUGAGAUCGGGAAAGAAGAAUUCUCGAGUAUUACCGAGAAAGAAACCAUCAAAACAUAUCCGUUAUACGGAUCUUAUCAAAGGUCAAUGGACUGAAGAAGAAGAUAGGAAACUUUUGAAACUUAUAAGACAAUAUGGAGAAGGAAAAUGGGCAGUGAUAGCGGAGAAGAUGGUGAUUAGGGCUGGAAAACAGUGUAGAGAGCGAUGGCAUAAUCAUCUUCGACCUGAUAUUAAGAAAGAUCUUUGGAGCGAAGAAGAGGAGAAAAUGAUGGUUGAUGCUCACAAAGAUAUUGGUAACCGAUGGGCAGAAAUAGCAAAACUAAUCCCUGGAAGAACGGAGAACUCAAUAAAGAAUCACUGGAACGCCACUAAAAGGAGACAACACUCGAAGAAAAACAAGAAAUCUGGACUAGUUCAAAACAAAAAUGCGAGAUCCUCUAUUCUUCAAGAGUACAUCAAGAGUAACAAUAUCAACAAUGCUUCCAUUUCUCAUCCACAAACUAUCCCUCUCAAGGCUGCCACUCCAACCAACUCCUCAAUCACAGAAGACAUGUCAUCCCACAAUUUCAACUUUCCUAAUUGUGAACCUCUAGAAGCUUCUAUCGAUGAUGACUCGCCUGAGUUAAUGAUCUCGCAAGCUUCUCAUGAUGAAGAGCUCAACUUCAUGAUCAACUUUUUUGGCAAAAAAAAUGAGAACCCUACUCUGCCAAACAACACUACUAAUUGUGCAUGGUUCAAAAAUGAUUAUCAUGGUACUCCUUCGGAUAAUAAAGAUGGCAAAACUUCCAAAUACUUGUCGUCCGAUCAAUACCUCUCCUACCUCUUGGAUGGGCAACCAUCAACUAUUUACUCUUCAGGUCACCAUUGUUUUGAUCAAAGCAUCGUGAACAACAACAACAAUGUAGAUUAUGGCAUGGGAAAGCGUGACAUGGAUUUGAUCGAGAUGAUUGCAUCUACAAGAUCCUCUUCUGAUGGUGGUGAUACUUCUAGCUCGUGUUUCUCUAAAUAG